GUUCGCCACCUUAACUUCGGGCGCUGUCAAUAGUAGGCGAUUGCUGCGAAGCCUCGGAGCGCCCUUCCUGAGUGAGGGCGGAAGUGAGGGCAGCACCGCUCAAGCGGUCUCCACAUUCUCUCCUGCCUCGCACGUGGAAGGGGCACCCAUCAUGCUGCGCCGCGAGGCCCGCCUGCGCCGCGAGUACCUGUACCGCAAGGCCCGCGAGGAGGCGCAGCGGUCGGCCCAGGAGAGGAAGGACAAGGUCCGGCGCGCGCUCGAAGAGAACCGCCUGAUCCCCACCGAGCUCCGCCGGGAGGCGCUGGCCCUGCAGGGAUCCCUGGAGUUUGAUGAUGCCGGCGGUGAAGGUGUGACCAGCCACAUGGAUGAUGAAUAUCGGUGGGCGGGGGUUGAGGACCCCAAAAUCAUGAUCACCACCUCCCGGGACCCCAGUUCCCGCCUUAAGAUGUUUGCGAAGGAGCUGAAGCUGGUGUUCCCGGGUGCGCAGCGCAUGAACCGAGGCCGCCAUGAGGUGGGGGCCCUGGUGCGAGCCUGCAAAGCCAAUGGGGUCACUGACCUGCUGGUGGUCCACGAGCACCGAGGCACACCUGUGGGGCUCAUUGUCAGCCACCUGCCCUUCGGCCCCACGGCCUACUUCACGCUCUGCAAUGUGGUCAUGCGGCACGACAUCCCUGACCUGGGCACCAUGUCGGAGGCCAAGCCCCACCUCAUCACACACGGCUUCACCUCCCGCCUGGGCAAGCGCGUCUCCGACAUACUGCGUUAUCUAUUCCCUGUGCCCAAAGACGACAGCCACCGGGUCAUCACCUUUGCAAACCAGGACGACUACAUCUCAUUCCGGCACCAUGUCUACAAGAAGACAGACCACCGCAACGUGGAGCUCACCGAGGUCGGGCCACGCUUUGAGCUGAAGCUGUACAUGAUCCGCUUGGGCACGCUGGAGCAGGAGGCCACGGCCGAUGUGGAGUGGCGCUGGCACCCCUACACCAACACCGCACGCAAGAGGGUCUUCCUGAGUGCCGAGUGAGCCGCCUGCAAGUCAGCACAUGGGCGUGGAACCCGGGGAGCCCCGGAGCUCCAGUGUGGGACUGUGCGGGAUGCAGGGAUCCCCAUAGAGACUCUCUGUCACGCAGCCUGCCAGCCUCUGAGUGGGGAGGUAGGGCCGGUCCGUUCACGGCAGUGUACUGGCUCCAGCCAUCUCUGUGGAGGGCGGCAGCCUCAGGUUAGUGCUCUGUGGGACCCUCUACUCCCUGGGGACACUUGGAGGCUGGGAUCUCCCCCAGGCCUCUCCACACUGCUCCCCUCUUUGCGCCCAUGUUCCCGGUACGUACCCAUGGGCCCAACAUGCACAGUGCUCAUACAGGUUUCAGAAACACUAGGAGGUGCCCGGUGGGAGAAGGGUCUUUGUUAGGGCCCUGCAGAGCGCCCACCCCCUGCCCCAGCCUUGCUGCCCCAUGAGGCGUGUGUGUACUCCACUUCAUGGGCAUGAUGGAAAUUUGCUCUCCUGGACCUGCACGUCCCCGGCUCCCUCCCUGCAGCGCCUGCGGCCACCCUUCUGUUGUGCUUCUGCGAGUGACUGUUCAGAUGGCUCAGCUCCGUGCCAUCAUGGAGUGGUCGUCCCUGUAUCGCUGAGUUCUGUGUCCCCAGGCUCACUGGCGCUGUUACAAAUGACAGGAAGAACGUGCGUACGCACCACGCUGCCUGUGCCCAUUCACUGCCCGCGGACAAUGGGGCUGUUCUGUAUCCUGGCCAUCCGCAGUCGUGCGGCGCUGAGCCUGGGAUAACAGACACCUCCAGGAAAUGCUGGCUUUCGUUUCCUCUGGGUGUGUGCCCGGAAGUAGGAUCGCUGGAUCACGUGGCCGUUAUAUUUUUAACCUUUUGAGGAACCCACGUAUGUUUUCCAUGAAGACUGUUCCCAUUCCCAUUGCUACCGAACCUGUGCCUGUUCCCUUUUCCCACCUCCCUGUCAAUACUGACUGUUUUUAGAGUGAGUGUCCUAGCAGGUGUGAGAUGAUAGCUCCCUGUGGCUUUGAUUUGCAUUUCCACAAUGACUAGUGAUGAUGAAUACACCUUUUGGUCAUUUAUCUGUUGUCUUUGGAGAAGUGUCUAGUCAGAUCCUCUGCCUAUUUGUCUUUGAAUAAAUCUUUGCUUUAUUGUUGUA